AUGCCGCCACCAGAGGACUUCCCACCGCCUAUGCCAGAGUCCGCCCCGAUGUCAUCAUCGCCUUUCGAUUUACCCGUGCCGGUGGUGGAAGAGGCACGUUCCGCGCCGCUCUCAGCGCCGGUCUCGGGCCCGCGGGGCUCCGCGCCCAUGUCUUCUGCCAUGCCCGGCACGGCCACACCCACAGACGGCGUCGCGGUCCCUACAGACAUGCCCUCCCCGACCUCGCCAGCGCGGGGUUUGGGCAAGGAGGAGAUGCGGGGCCCUGCGGCCCUGCACGCUCAAGUCUUGCCGGAGCCCGACGUACCCAGAGAGGAGGAGGAGAUCGGCUCUGCACCAAUGGCCUUGUCCGCCUCCGCGCUGCCCGGCGCCUCCAGCUCAGCGGUCCACUCGCCCAGCGAGCCGCCGGUGCCCACGGACCGACCCUCGCCCACCUCGCCGGCGGCGGGGGCCUCGCCCAUGGGUCCGGCGACCAUUGGAGUGUCCGUCCCUCUUUUCAAAACAUCGUCUUGA